AAUUGUCAAAUAAAAUGAAAUUCCCUAAAUUCCAAAAAUUUUCCAUUUCAUGAAUGAAAUUUUGGAUUUCGUAAAUAAUAUGAAUUCUUAAGUAAAUUAGCUGGAAAUUAAGGAAUUCUCAACUAGCCCAUUAGCUUACUAAUGGUUUUAAGCAAGUUUUUUUUUACAAAACAUAGUUUUGCUUACUAGUUACUUCACCCAUGAAAGUAUUUAAAUGACUUGGUAACAUGGCGGACACUGAAAAUAGUGAUUUAAAUUGCUUGAAACAUACAAAAAUAACAGUUUUAGUCGAUGAAGCUCUACCUGAUCUUUUAGUUGUUACUUAUGAGUAUGGAGUAAGAAUAUUUAAAGGUGUUCUUCUUGAUUCUACUAAAAGAAAUCUUCCAUUUGGUGUUCAAACUCUCAACCCGUCACUAAUACCACCAAAAAAGCCUGAAGAUGACCCAUUGUAUUCAGUCAGUCAAAGGUUCGCCUACACUGACCCCAAUAAUGCUAAAAAGAAAAACGUCCAGUUCCCAAAUAAAUAUAAAAACAAUCGGAUGACUGUGAGACUGAGACCCAGACAGGUCUUGUGUUCUAAGUGUAAAGGAAUUUGUAAUGAAAACUCUGAAAAUGUGUCAAGGAAAAGAAAGACUUCUGAAACUAUACUAUCUCCAACUGCUGCACCGCCUAUCAAAAGAAGCAUAAAUGCGCCUAUGACUAGAUCUGUUUAUUCUGAGCAAUUAGGUACCAACCGGAGGCAUGGUGGUAAAGGUGCUUCUUUAGUUCCAAAGCUGACUAGAUUAACUGCUGAAGAGGAACAAAGAGCCCUUAGUGGUAACUUCAGUAAUAAACUUGCCAAAAAACCUGUAUCCAAUUCGAAUAGCAACUCAAAUAAUCUCGAAUCCGACACAAACCUACAUUCCGAAAAUGAACAUUCCGAACAUAUCACAGCCUCCACUACUACAAACUCUGAAGAAAACCAAACUGGUAAUAAAGUUCUGUUGGAUAUUAAACCCGUUAGAACAAUGUUGAGGACAGCAAGAAGGCAGUUGAGAAAAAAGAGAAGUACAGGUUCAACAGAAGAACCUGCCGAUGAAACUGAACUUGAGGAUAAAGGAAAUAAAAAUAUGGUAGAUAACGAAACGGAAGCAACCCUUGGAGACGAAACUUCAAGUGUACAUAAUGUGGGGAGUAAUACUAGAACCAUUAAAAUAUCUUACGGACCCCAGGGAGAGGGGACAGUUCUCAAGAUACCAGCCAAAAUAGACUCUCUCGAAACAAAAGACGAAGAUGAGAAAAUCACCGUUAUGGACAAGCAGAAAGCCACAGAGGUCCAAACUAAAGAGGCUCGAAGGGCAUUGAAGAAAGCUAAAAAAGAAGCUAGGAGAAAAGUAUUGGUUCCCAGCAAUUCUCCGCUUUACAUUGCAGGAGCUUCUCCGCGUUACGCUCUUGGGGCUUCUUCGCCUAGGUACCCGGUUGGAGGAGCAUCUCCGAGACAAGCUCUUGGCAAUAAUUCACCGAGGUAUAUCUGUUCCUCCUUAGAAAUGAAUAUGCCCCGUAAGAGAAAGCAUAAAUUGAAACAUAAAAAGAAGCACAGGGAGAACAAGGAUCGGAAGCAUAAAGAGGGGGAAGUGAGUAGUUCUACUCAAGAAGAAAAUAAGGAACAAGCCUCAACUCAGAAAUUAUCCAUAAAUCUGAAAAGGUUGCAGAGCAGGUACACCUCGAGCGAUAACAAAGAAGACAAUUCGUCAAGUUCAGACGAUCAAAAUGAACAGGUACCGGAUUUCCCACCACCAGCUCAACCUUUGAUGCUUAGGAUAAACGCCCAAACUGUUUCCAGUGCCUCAGGAGCAGAUGGGGCCCGCCUGCUAGUCGGAGAUGUUGUGUGGGGAAAAAUUCACGGUUUUCCUUGGUGGCCAGGAAAAAUACUUACCAUUACCAAUUGUAACAAUCGGGACUUUCAAGCCCAUGUGUCUUGGUAUGGUAGUUCUACGUCCUCUCUAAUGCAGUGCGAUCAGCUCAGCCCUUACUUAGAACAUUUUAAGAUUCGUUACAACAAGAAGAAAAGAGGCCCCUACAAAGAGGCAAUCAAACAAGCCACUAACGAGGCUCGCGAGAAUGCAGAAUCCAAAUCUAGACAACCGUUGGGUAGUUCACCCGCACAUAACCUAUUUUCUCAGGUUGUCCCCCCAGCACUGGCGUCUCCCAGAGAGAUAAAUGUGGCAUCCUAAAAAUCAUAGACUUCCAAUAGGUGUUUUAAUGUGUUGGUAGUUAAGCUCUGUGUUCAACGACUGUUGCAUCUAGCCAUAGACUGUUUCGUGGAUUUCUGUUGCCGGACUGUAAUUUACUUUUAUUUUGACGAUCAAAGUUUUUAUUUUGUGCGCGAGAACGUUGCCGUCUUGCGUUGAUUUGUGAUAAUUUGGUUUUUUGUGCAUUCUGUACAGUUUUCGUUUCACCGAUCGAAUGAAACAGUUAAGGGUAAGUCUGGAAUUUUGAGGUUAAAGGGUUUUUAUUGAUUAUACAGGGUGUCCCGGGAAGAAUGCGACAAACGAAUACCAUGAA